AUGCUGAAUAAAUCUUCUCAGCUGUUGCUGUUCUUAUGGAAUGUUCUCAGUGACACGAAAACUCAAAAACCACCACAGGGUUUUAAGUAUGCUUCCUAUGAGGUAACCAUCCCAAGGAGAGUGAUGCCAAGAUACGGAAAAGAGACCCCAGAGGUUGUCUACCAUUUACGGAUUGAAGGAAAGGGUUACAUGGUGCACCUUAACCAGAAGAAAGGCUUGGUUCCUAAAAACCUUCCUGUCUUAACCUACUCUAAGCUAGGGGACCUCCAGGUGGACUAUCCAUUUAUCAGGAGUGACUGUUUUUACCAAGGUUAUAUAAAGGGAAAGUCCUCUUCUUUGGCCACCCUCAGCUCUUGCUUAGGGGGACUUAGGGGUCUAUUUCAGUUAGAAAAUAAUACCUAUGAGAUUGAGCCUGUCCCAGCAUCUUCCACCUUUCAACAUGUAGUGUAUCGACUGGAAGAAAAGGAGGGUGAUGUCAAAAUGAAGUGUGGACUAACAGAAGAAGAGCAAAAACAUCAGAAGGCCAUGAUGCAGAACCCAGAAACUGUAGUGACCAAAAGUAACUCCAGAGGUGACUGGUGGACACACACCAGGUAUGUGAAGGUAGCAAUUGUGAUAGAACAUGAACGAUACGUGAAGUUUGACAAAAAUGAAACUCUUAUUGCUAUACAAGUUCUGGAUAUUGUCCAUAUUGCAAAUUCAUUUUAUGAACCACUUUCUGUUCAGUUGUUUGUUACCGGAUUGGAGAUUUGGUCCAAAAGAAAUCUCAUACAUAUUGCUGACAGCAUAAUGGACACGUUAACUUCUUUUACCAUAUGGAGGGUAUUUUCAUUAAGUAAACAUCUAGAAAGUGAUGCUGCCCAUUUAUUUGUAUACAAAUAUUUUGGAUCUACACUUGGAUUAGCAGUUGUAGGAGCAAUUUGUAAUAAGGAAGGGGCAUCUGCUGUUGAUUCAUAUUUGGAUUACAGUUUAUUAUAUUUUUCUAACACAUUUGCCCAUGAAUUAGGACAUAAUCUUGGAAUGAUACAUGAUGACAUUUUCUGUAGCUGUAAUCAACGUUCUUGUAUCAUGGCUGCAUUUCACUCCAACAGUGAUAAGUUCAGCAAUUGCAGUUACAACGAUUAUUUCAAACUAAGGAAUUCAGAUUGCUUGUUAAUUCCACCAGAUCCUGAUAAAAUACAUAAAGUCAAAUACUGUGGAAACAAAAUAGUGGAAAAGGGUGAACAAUGUGACUGUGGAUCCAAAGAUGAAUGUGAAACGCAUCAGUGCUGUCAGUCUAAUUGUAAAUUGCGUUUUGGUGCUACAUGUGCUUUUGGACAGUGCUGCGCAAAUUGUCAGUAUGUUCUAGCUCACUCUAUUUGCAGAGAAAACACUAGUAUUUGUGAUCUUCCCGAGUAUUGCAAUGGCACUUCAGAGUGGUGUCCUAAAGAUGUUUACAUACAAGAUGGUGCCCCAUGCAGUGAGAGUGCAUACUGUUAUAAUGGAAACUGUACUACUCAUGUUAAGCAAUGCAAAAUGAUAUUUGGCAAAAAAGCCAAAGCUGCUUCAGAGAGUUGUUUCAGAGACUUAAAUAGUGAAGGUGAUCGUUUUGGCAACUGUGGCCUUAAACAUGGAAAGUACAAAAAAUGUAACGCUGAGAAUAUCCUGUGUGGUCGAAUCCAGUGUGAAAAUAUUGACCAUUUACCUUCUCUGGAGGAACACAGAACCAUAAUUCACACAGUCAUUGGCAAAAAAGAGUGCUGGAGUAUAGACUAUCACAGUGGAAUGAAUAUAACUGAUAUUGGGGCGGUGAGAGAUGGUACUUCUUGUGGCACUGAUAUGAUGUGUAUUGAUGGCCAAUGCCUCAGUGUAUCUCUUUUGGAAUAUGACUGUAAUAUCUCCAAGUGCCACAAUCGGGGAUUAUGCAACACUCACAAAAACUGCCAUUGUGAUUAUGGCUGGGCCCCUCCUGAUUGUCUAAAUGAAGGAUAUGGAGGCAGCAUUGACAGUGGUCCUCCUCCACCACAGAAACAUGUUAUGAAUGAAAGCAGAGGGCACAAUUUAUUAAUAAUUCUAUUUUUCUUUUCUACACUUGCUAUUGCUGUUGGCCUGGGUCUAUUUUUCAGGAAGAAGUUAAUACACCACUGUACAAGACUGAGAGAAUGGGUCCAUCCAGCAGUGAGAACAAAAUGA